AUGGAGGAAAACGUGGCCCUGAAGGCGCGGGUGGCGGAGUUGGAGGCGCGGCUUCGGGAGCUGGAAGAGCUCCAAGGCUCCUCGGAGCUGCUGGAGCUCCGCGCCCUCGUGGAAGCCCAGGAGGCGGCUUUGGAGGACCAGCGCCGCAUCAUCGAGAGCCAGAGUGCUCUCAUCGAAGAUCUGAGCUCCCACUUGAAGGAGACCUCGUUGAACGAGGCGCAGGCCUCACUUGGAAGCACCGCCAAUGCAUCUGCGGCUGUGUCGGGUUCGAAAGAGCCGGCUCCGAGCCCGACCAGCCCUGACCCCCAAGGUCCAGCAGGUCCAGCCGGUCCGUCCAAGCGCCGGAGCGGCAGCGGCUAUGGACGUGGCACAAUGAGCGCUCCAGGCCUUCGAAAGCCUGUAAGUGCAUCCUCUGGGGGUGCCGGUGCUCCGGGCGGAAGAGAGAAAGCCGAGAAUCGGGGAAAGGAGAAUCAGAAGCGCUUCGGCUGCUCCUCUGGUAGCAUCAGCUCUGCCAGCAGUGGUGGCUUGGUUCGAGGGCCAUCCCCGCGAACGACUCCUCGAAGUGCGAGCACAGGAACGGCUUCUCGUGAUGCAAGGCGUGCGAACUCUAACUCGCAGGGCCCCAAUGUCUCGUCUGUAGGGCUGCCUCCCUCGCUCCCGCUGCUGCGGCAGGAGGCAUAG